GCAAAGUUUUUUGUUUUUUUUAUUCUUGUUAGAAGCAUUGGUGUGAUUCUGAGUGAGGACAGAGGGAGCAACCUGCUUAAAAAUGCCUCGAUGGAAAGAUGUAAUCUGGAGCUGAAACAGACUGAUACAGGUCUGUAGUGAUGGCAGAUGUCAGCUGGGCCGGCAUGUGGUGGAGUAGAAGAGUGAGCACCCUGCUGUUCUUUUGGAUUUUCAUAGUAGUCCCUCCAUCCCUCCUGCAGCUCCCUCUCCCUCUCUCCCUGCCGGUCCACAUGUCAGUUGUCCCUCCAUCCUGGCACUUCCUCCCUCUGUCUCAGGCAGAGCUGGGCCCUCUUUUCUCCAACUCCAGUCCCUUCUCCUUCUCCCAGAGCUUGUUCAUGGUGCCCCUCCCCGGCCGACCCCUAAGACCAGGCCUCCAGGCUUCAUUUGGCCCUUACUCAGUUACACAGCUCAUAUCAGAGCCUGUCCUCCCUCACUCUCCCCUUCUGUCCGCCUCCCUCCUCUCAGAGCAUGUGGAGAGAGAGCGCGAUAAGGACGGACAGAAGAGGUUUAGGGUGAGGAUACUGUUCCACAAGCGGGGCGACACCAACACCCGAGGGACCUGCAUCACCCUGCAUGCCUUCAAGGAGACAGAGGAGCACAAGGCCUCGUGUAUCACACAGCCUCCUCUAGGGCUGUGCGUGGUAACUCUGACCUUGCCCAAUGACUGGUUUGAGGAUCAACACGCCAACCAGUUGAAUCAGGAUUUAGACAACGGGCACAAUAACAUCCAGCCUCGUCGUCGGGUGCAGAAGCGGGAACGGCAGCGGAGGGGAUAUCAGCAAGGCAACCUUGUCAACCACCAGCGUAUAACUUCCCCGUCACUGAGAUACCAUCCAGGCACUGAAGGAGACAAACCGGGGGAUGUCCCGUGGUUCCUCAGAUACCGACGGGUUCCCAUGAGAAACCAGAUUCAGCUUUACUACUCCUUCUCCGACACAGUGGCCGACCUAAAGCUGACACCGCCACGGUGUGUUGAGGACAGAGCCGAUCAGUCCCAGAGGCAGCUCAUUCAUAUCAAAGCAGUGACGCUGAAAGAGGAGCAGACAGAAAGAGAGCAGAGCAGGACCAAAGAAGAAGAAACCUGUUUGAACGGGCAGGAAGAGAAGGAGCUUAGCUUGGACUCCCAGGUCAUAAUUCGCUAUCACAGGGGCCCGACCCUGAUAGGACAGCCUAUCAAAGUGUCUAUAAACCUGAGAGCCAACUUCACUGCUGAGUUUGUUGUCAUAAGGCUGAAGGUGAAGAAAGGCUUGGUGUCAAUGGUGGCCCAGAGGACUCUGACCUCUGACCUUUGGUCAGUGACCCUGGAGAAAAGCCAAGGCACCAAACACGACGUGGUGUCCAUCGUCUGUCACAAACACAGCUCACUCAAAUACAUACACAAUCCCACUUCACUCCAGCAGGUAUUGUGUCUGUCGGUCGACGGUCUGAGACAGAGCUUCGGUGUUGCCAUGACGGUGUCUGCCAGCUGGUGGGUGGAGUACUCGGGGCGUAGUAACCACCUGUCACCACACGGAGCAGCAGUGAGCACCUUCUCGUUUGCUGAUCGACAUAUUUUUGGCAUCGCUCCCAUUACAGAGAGUAACACCAUCAUCAACACAGCCAUACUGACCAACCAGCCAGUGUCACUUCCUGUCAUUGUGUUGGCUAUAAACCACGACGGGAAGGUGUCAGAUGUCACCUCUGCAGUCACAUGCCACUCUACCAACGAGAAUACUGUCAAGGUGUCCAGCGACUGCUCAACCCUCUUUGUGGACGGCAGUGAGUCAGGUUUGGGUGACACCUGUGCAGUGGUGGAGUUUCAACUGGGUGUGCUCAGUGGCUCUGUGUGUGUGGAGGUGUGGGCUCCUUCAGUGCCCCUGCGAGUGUCCUUGGCAGACCCCGUUCUCAAUGUCAUCGAUGGCUGGAACCGAUUCACAAAGAAAGGGUGCGUGCCAGUGUAUCAACGCUCCUCAAUCCAGGUCCUGACUCAGUUCACUGCUAAGGACUCUCAGAGCAGAACCACUCACCUCCUGGGCUCAUCUGACUGGUUUGUGGAUGUGACGGAGCUGGUUCGUAACUGGCUGAGGGUAGAGGACUCUCACGUGGCUAUGCUUGGCACCCGCAAUGACCUGAUUGGUUUGCGACCAGGAAAGACAUCACUCUAUGUUGUCUCUGAGCAGUGGGAUGGUGCAUUGGGCAGAUGUGACGUCACUGUGAGCUCUGACCCUGUAACUCCAGGGGACUUGUCCGUGCAGGUGGUCAGUGGCCUCGGCAUGUCACUCAAAGCUAGCCCCACCCACCCCUCCAUCGUCACAACAACAGUCACGGCCUACAACAUCCUGUACAACCAUCACCAGGAGGCCUCCAUCAGCGUCUGGCUCCAGUUCAGUGACGACACCGCCUCCCUCCUCUCCUCCUUCAGCGAUCUUCCCUUUCUACUGCGUCUCUCCUCACUGGCUGAGACCGUGGUUGUGGUGACGCCCGGCCCUAGCCAGCGCAUCUUUGCCCAGGGCGAUGGAGGUGGGCCUUUACUGCUCGCAGAACUUCUGGUUUCAACCUGCACUGAUCAGCCGGUAACCUCCAACUCUAUCAGUGAAGAUGACAGGGAUUGGACUGACACCGGAGGAGAAGGAGGAGGCGGGACCAGAAGGCUGGCGAGAGGAUCUGGUUGGAUAAGAGUCAACCUGGAUCUGGGCUUCCUGCAGCCAGUAGGGGACGAGGAUGAGGAAGGUGAAAAGUUUGACUUUGACUUUUCAGACACGCUGGUUGAGUCGGACAGUGACGUCUAUGCAUCAAACUUUGAUGAGGAUGAAAGUGAGAAUGUGAGCAGCGAAUACUUCGACAAAAUCAGUGGGAAGCGAAACUGGAACGAGGUGGGCAAUGGAGGGAUGGUCAGUCAGAACAACCUGGAAAGAGCCGUGCUGAUGCCAAGCCAGGAGGAGGGCGCUGUGUACUUCUCCCCGAGUCAGGAGAAAGAAGGAGAGAGGAGAGAGGAGGAGGAGGAGGAAGGACAGGGAGCUCGAGAGCUGGAGCUGGGUGUUGGAGCUGUCCUGUCUCUGCUCGGUCUCUCUGCUGUCCUCUUCCUGGCAAACUGUCUGCCCUGCGCCCUGCGAGACAGACGGACAAAGAUGGAAGAUGAGAUGGAUGGAGAACUAGAGGGAGGUUCAAAUGGAGAAGAGGAAGAAGUGAGAAAGAAAAAUGAGGAAGAGGACAGAAAGGCAGACCAGAGGAAGAGGGCAGAAGAUGAAAACAACGUAAAGCAGCAGCAUGCGGCGAACAUUAAAGAGGAUGUUAAACAAAUAGAGAUCAUCUGCUGAGACAUUCGAGUCUGAUCUGAACUUCAGCGCAAAUCUGAGCUUACGAGGAACAUGACGUGACGUCACUUUAAUAGGAUGAUAAUCACCCUAGUACAAUAUAACACUACCAGACAAACCACAGCAUCACUCUUAUAGACAGUUUGUGAUCGCUCUGCUCAAUAUUUAUUUGUUACCCGCAAUGAUAUCACUUUUAUUUUGGAAAUUUGCUGGGAAAGUUUGCUGCAAAUG